GUUCUCACUGUGUUUUGAUGUGAAAGUGGACGUACCAACCGCCAAUGAGCUUGCCUCUCGCGUAUGUUGUUUAUUUGGGGUGUUCGGCAGACGAUGCCAUGCCAUGAAGUGCGAAAUUUGCUUAUCGUUAUCGGAGCAAGAGUACUUGAGCAUCUUUGCGGAGGAACAUGUCGGCAAAAGUAUAGCUCCGAUCGUAGCGAAACAUCUGUGGUUUAAGAUUAACCCGACGGACGAACCACAGUUUAUUUGUGGCAAGUGCUGGCUGGCUUUGAAAGAAUUUAACACGUUCUACAAUGGCAUUGAACGGGUGCAGGCGACAGCAUUCGCUUGCCUCACCACCGCCGCCGCCAUAACCAAAACACCGGAAGAAUUUGUCGAGCCCGUUGAACCCGCCUAUGGUACGGAAUUUUUCGAGGUGAAGGUGGAACCGAGUGAGGUGCAAGAUGGGACGGACAAUUCAGGCGAUCAACCAUUGCACAGUGUCUUUGUCAAGUGUGAGGAUUCAGAAGAGCCAGAUCCAACCGCACCGCAGUCGGACGCUGAAGUGCACCAGACCAAUCCAACGCCGUCCACGAUCGAUUCACGGCUUACCGAGGAGGAUGGUACGCGAUCGACCUGGACGAGAAGGAGGGGCAAGAAAACGACGAGCCAAUGUGUGUCCGAAGAUGAUGUGAAGAGCCGCAAAGCAGCUGGCCAGCAGCAGGAGGACGCAGAAUUGUUGAAUUUUUACAAGCGCAUCGUUUGCGAGGUAUGCGACAACCAGCGGAUGAUGAUCGGUGAGCCACAAAUAGAUUACGGCACGUGGCGGGGUCUUCUCAAACACACCAAGACCGUGCACCGCCACGAUAAGAUCUACGUCCAGUGUCCACUGUGCGAGCUAAAGCUGCGCACCAAGCUGACGCUGAUCCAGCACAAGGAUAUGCACGAAAAUCCGGAAAAGUAUCGCUGUGAACUGUGCGCCGGAGUCUACCAGAACAUGAAGGAGCACAUGCAGAACAAGCACCAGGAGCGCCAGUUUUGUUGCGACGUGUGUGGCAAAAAGUUCCCCUUCAAGAAACGGCUCACGGUGCACAUCAAGAAGAUGCACGUGGAAAAGGACAUUAUUUGUGAUCAGUGCCAGAAACCAUUUACAAAGUACACGAUUGAGGACCACAGGAAGUCGGUGCACACGGCACGGUUCGUGUGUGAGCACUGCCCAAAAACGUUCAACAGUCGCUUUCGGUUGCGCCAACAUAUGGAAGAGCAUGAUGAAAGCUUGCGAAACUCCACUGCGGUACCGUGCGCCGUGUGUGGCCAGGUGAUGCGCGAUAAGUACAUCCUUAGCCGACACGUUAAACUUAUGCACACGGUGCAACCGACCGUGAGUUGUGGUACUUGCGGGAAGACGUUCAAGUGCAAGCGAAACCUGUCUGUGCACAUGGCCAACGUUUGUCUUGAACCGACCCGCCUUUACCCGUGCACCAUCUGUGGUAGACAGUUUCGGCGGAAAAAUAAGCUCAAAGAACACAUGUCCACGCACACUGGUAAACCGCUCUACAUGUGCUCCUUUUGUCCGGAAACGUUCCGCCAGGACACUCAUCUGUAUUACCACCGAAAAAAUGCCCAUCACGAAAAAUGGCUCGAAAUGCAACAGCAGCGCAAAGAAGGUGUACGGUUCAAGUUGACGGAACUGGCGUAAAACGCCGGAGCACCAGGACCGCAGACCAGGAAUUGAUGGUUGGUCCGUUAUGGUAAGUCCUAGGCAGUGUUCGGGAUCAGUGCAACCGGCUGGAAUAAUUUUAAAUUUCCUUUGUAUAAAUGCGUGUUAGGCUACACACGGGGUUAUGCUACCAGCGCCACACCAUAGCCGUAUUGGUUGUAGGGUCCCAAGUAUAGUCACCCGUUUUCAAAUAAGCUUUCGAUCCUUCGCGGCGCCCCCGAGUGGCUUAAGUUUAGGUUUGAACAACGCGUAAUGAAAUCUGAACGCAAAUAAAAAGCGUAGAA